GCCGUGCGGGCCUCCGAGCGGCCCAGAAGGGCCGGAAGUCGGCGGGGCGGGCGUGUGCGAGGCUGGUUUCCGGCGGCGCGGGCUGUCUGCGGGCUGCCGCUCUGGCCGGGUUGUACAGGACAUGUGGAUAUCCACCCACCCCGCUCAUGGAGGCGGUGACGUUUGGCGACGUGGCUGUGCACUUCUCCCGUGAGGAGUGGCAGUGUCUAGACCCUGGCCAGAGGGCCCUGUACAGGGAGGUGAUGCUGGAGAACCACAGCAGUGUGGCUGGACUAGCAGGAUUCCUGGUCUUCAAGCCUGAGCUGAUCUCCCGACUGGAACGGGGACAGGAGCCAUGGGUGCUUGACCUGAAGGGAGAGGAGAGGCCAGAGGCACCAAGGAGCCCAAAGACAGAUUCUGGGAGCAGGACUGACUACGGAGAGGCCGUUGGGGACCCAGUCUCUCUAAAACCAGAAGCUCACACAACGAUGGUCACAGCAGAACCACAGGGUUUUCCUCGAGGUCUUGGUUGUAAAGACACUGAGGUCUGGUCAGAGAGCCAUCCGUGCAGCUUUGGGCUGGGAGUGAGGAGCCCGCUCAUCCAGAAAAGCUGUUUGAGCAAAGGGUCUGAGGCUCCCAAGCCCCUCAGCACAGACGCCGCCCAGCGGGGUCAGCCUGGCUGCAGUGAGAACACAGAGGCAGAGCGCCCAUGGCAGAGCUGUGACACCUGUGGCGGGGGAUUCCGGCGCACCGUGGCUGCUGCUCUACCCUGGGCCAUGCACCUUCGCAGGAGGCCUGGCAGAUGCCAGGAGUGCCGGAAGGCCUGCCUGCCGGGCACACUUCACAGUGACGGCCACGGUGAGAAGCCGUAUGCAUGUGAGGAGUGUGGCAAAGGCUUCAGGCUGUGUUCACAGCUUACUCAGCACCAGAGAAUCCACACUGGAGAGAAGCCGUUUAAAUGCAUUGAGUGUGGAAAAGCAUUCCGACUGAGCUCAAAACUUAUUCAGCAUCAAAGAAUUCAUACGGGUGAGAAGCCCUACAGGUGUGAGGAAUGUGGAAAAGCCUUUGGUCAGAGCUCAAGCCUCAUCCACCACCAGAGGACCCACACGGGAGAGAGGCCCUUCCAGUGCAAGGAGUGCGGGAAGGCCUUCAGUCAGCAAUCACAGCUGGUCAGACACCAGAGGACGCACACAGGAGAGCGGCCCUACCAGUGCAAGGAGUGCGGGAAGGCCUUCAGCCAGAGCUCUACUCUGGUUCAACAUCAGAGGAUGCAUGCUGGGGAGAAAUCUCAAAUCACAAGGACCUCUGAUGGACCAAACUCAGGUCCACCCCCGAGAAUUCCCUCUGUGGAGAAGCCGUUUAAAUGUGGCGAGUGUGGGAAAGCUUUCAGAUGGGUCUCUCGGCUCAGUCAGCAUCAGUUGGUCCACACUGGAGAGAAACCUUACAAAUGCAACAAGUGUACAAAGGCGUUUGGCUGUAGCUCUCGGCUUAUUCGCCACCAGAGAACUCACACCGGAGAGAAGCCGUUUAAGUGUGACGUAUGUGGAAAAGGCUUUGUCCAGGGCUCACACCUUAUUCAGCACCAGCGAAUCCACACUGGGGAGAAGCCGUACGUGUGUAAUGACUGUGGCAAAGCUUUCAGUCAGAGCUCCAGCCUCAUUUACCAUCAGAGGAUCCAUAAAGGAGAGAAGCCCUAUGAAUGCCUCCAGUGUGGGAAAGCCUUCAGCAUGAGCACACAGCUCACCAUACACCAGAGGGUCCACACUGGGGAGAGACCCUACAAAUGCAGCGAGUGUGGGAAGGCCUUCAGUCAGAACUCGACCCUGUUCCAACACCAGAUCAUUCAUGCAGGAGUGAAGCCCUACGAAUGCAGUGAGUGUGGGAAGGCCUUCAGCCGGAGCUCUUACCUCAUUGAGCACCAGAGAAUCCAUACGCGAGCCCAGUGGUCCUGUGAGUACGGGAGCACCCUGGAGGGUUCCACCUUCAUGAGCCGCAAAAAAGUCAGCACGGUAAAGAAACUGCAUCAGUGUGCGGACUGUGGAAAGAUAUUCCGGUGGCGCUCACACCUCAUUAUACAUCAGAGAAUUCACACAGGGGAGAAGCCGUAUAAAUGUAGUGACUGUGGCAAAGCUUUUAACCGGAGCUCAAGGCUUACUCAGCAUCAAAAAAUUCACAUGUGAUAGACCAGUGACCUGUGUAAAUGUGAAUAAAUCCAUAGCCUU